GCGCAGUUCGACGUGAGAGGCGGGAGGAGGGGUCGUUGGUGGCGGCUGUUCCGGUCUCAAGGGGUUUCCUGGUUGCAGCAGGCUGCGCUAAUAAAAUACUACCAUGAUGUUCAGUGGAUAUGGUGAUACAGAAGCAUUUGAAGAUGAUCUCUAUUCUGAGGGGUCUUCCAGUGAAACAAGUAUUGAUAGUGAAGUAGAAUUUCAUCUUUAUAGUCAAGUCCAUUAUGCACAAGACCUUGAGGGUGUCAGUGAACAAGACAAUAAGGAUGUCAAAGGACAAGAAGUUGAAUCCCUGAAGAUACAGAAGUCGGUGAAUCAACAAGAUCAGAGAAAUAACUUAAUUGUAAUUUCAGAUAGUGAUAUUAACAUUUCGGAUAGCCCAGAUGUCAUAAUAUUGUCUGAUACUCCUGAUGAAGAUAGCAUUUAUGAAAGUAAGCUCCAGAAGCUAACAGCAUCAGUGUCUCCAAUAUUAAGUAAAUUCAACAAGACUGCAUAUUCUCGUGCUAAGAAAUCUAUUGAACACCCUUCCCAGAUUAUCCUGAAAUCUAAGAGACAAGUUACAGUAAAUUCAAGUAAAGAGGGAAAGGCUGAUCAAAAGGCAAUCUCCUUUAACCAGGAUGAUGUUCACAUGAUCCAUAGGGUUUUAGUAACUGAGGACAGCUCCAGCAAUGAUGAUGCAAUUGAUGUGUCAAGUAUAGCCUCUGAAAGUGAUAAUGUGGAGAGCUGGAUGCUGCUGGGAAAUGUCAGAGAUGACAAAGAUGAUGAUAUCCUGUUAAACCUUGAAGGCUGUGGAACUUCAGCCAGUGAAGGAGAAGACAGAAGAGGAUGGACCAUCAGUGAUAAAGACUUACAGGCACAGAUUGGUAAUUAUGUUUCAGUGCGACAUAACAACAGAUACUAUACAGCAGACAAAAACGUCACUUGCAGAAAUUGUGAUAAACGAGGUCAUUUAUCAAAAAAUUGUCCUGCCCCAAAGAAAAUUCCACCCUGUUGUCUUUGUGCACAGAGAGGUCACCUACAAAACAGCUGUCCAGCACGAUUUUGUUUAAAUUGUUGUUUGCCAGGACACUGCUCUAGAGAGUGCCCUGAGAGAAUGUACUGGAAAAAACACUGUAACCGCUGUGAUAUGAGAGGUCAUUAUGCAGAUGCUUGCCCAGAAAUAUGGAGGCAGUAUCAUCUAACAGUAAGUAGAAACACCUUUUUAUUUUGUUCUACACCAGGCCUAUUUACUCUUCUGUGA